AGCCUCCGUGGUCUGAGUUCUAUGCUCCUUGGCGGGUGGAAGAGGCAGCCGGGGAAUGUCUCAAACAUGGCGGCCGUGGUGAGUAUCGCAGAGACGGACUGCACAGGCGGGAAGCUGCAGCAGUGAUUUCUCAAAGCACAGCUCCCUUACUUAACACAUCAAACCGAGACAAAGUGAACUGGACUCUGUGGAGCGAUGAAAGACAGGAAACCACUGGGACCCGCCGGAGGUAAUCAAGCUAUUACGCGUUUCUUCAGCCCGAGCUGUGAGCCAGUUAAAGACCGCCUCGUGCUUGGAUCCCCCAAACCACACUGCAGUGAUGCUAAAACCAGCGGCCGGUCUCACUGCAGCUCUGCCGCGAAGCCAGGCAGCGGAGUAUACACGCCGCCCCCCGUGAAGCACAAGCACAAGCGCAAACCUGCUCUGCUGAUGCAGAAGACACCUGACAAGAGCCCCAUCCUGGAGGCCUUCACCAGGGCUUCCAGCUGGGAAAAAGCAGGGAGCCCGAGCAGAGGGAUCAGCAGGAGUCACACACACAUCCCCAUGCCCAGCGUGGUGGUAAAGAAGCUGUGGCCCGCCUCCCUCAGCUUCUCCUCCAUACUGGCCAGUGAUGACUCCACCAGGAAGAAGCCUGUCUCUAGAAACAGCACGGCCCCUUGCGUGAAAAGCAGCAGUCUUCCUCGUGAUGAAAGGACAGAGUCCCAGGAUGGAGACGCGAAGCCCCACAAGGCGCUUGAUUUCCUCUCCCCAGACAGCAGUCCCUCGGGCAGCCUUCCCUACAACCCGAAGAACACGCAGUCAAGGCUGCACAGCCCAGAGUUUCAGGAGACGCUGCAGAAUUACAAGAAGCAGAGGGAGCUGAAGAGGCAAAGGCUGGAACAAUCACAGCACACAGUUAAGUCUUCUGAAUGCCAGCGAUCAAAUCCGGUUUGUUACAAAUCGUCAGGCUCGUCGAAGCUCUGUAACACGACCCUGCAGCCGGUGCCGCUCGUAAACAAGAUGUCCUCCGUCCAGCGUAAGGUUCGAAAGAGUUUGUGUUAUUCAACUGAGUCUCAAAGCAGGCACGUGAGCCCAGGUUACAAGUCGGCAGAACAAUCCCCUGGGAAGAGGAAAAGAGACCUGGACGAGGAGGAUGGGAGGCUGAAAAAAAAACUCUUUCAUCGGGAUCCUGGCAAACAAGCCUGCAGCAAUAGCAGGGUCCAGAAAGAAAGCCCCGAGGCUACCCAACCCAGUGUCCUGCAGUCACACAGCAGGGAGGGGGAAGGUGCUGCUGGGCCUAAAGCCAACAGCUUGCCUGUACAGAAGAAGCACUUGGAGUUGCAGCGUGUGUCUUCAUCUACCUCCUCCUCCUCUUCUUUUUCGUUCUACUCUUGGAACAGCUGUCUGCCUGAGUGCACAGAGGUAAAUGAAAAGCCCAUCUCCCAUCCUUCGCAUUCUGAAACCGUUAAGCACAAAGCUACAACCAUUGACAGAAUUGAAUUUAAAAUGGCUUUGUUGCGACGCAUGACUAAGUUGAGCAAUGCCGACCUCUCUCCCAGGGAGGAAGGUGACCCGCUGCAAUCUAAACUUGAGAAUGGAGAUUCUUCUGUCUCCGAUAUUUCCGUGUCUAGCGCUGAGAGGGCCUUGGGCUUAACGGCUGGAAAAAACGUCAACACCACUGGAGUUUCCCAUAAAAAUGGUACAUUGCCUCCUGUAUUGGGAACACCAGAGAGAACCGAAUGGAGCUCUCCCACUUUAGCUGAGCCAGUAGUUAGUGGAGAAGGGACUCUGGACAGGUCUGCAGGGUACUGGCAGGACUGUUUGGAUAGUGAUGAGGGAGGCGCUGUGGGCAGCCUGAGCAGCGACAGUGAUGAGGAUGAGCCCUUCUUGUCGCUGGAUGAGAUAAUGUCUCGGGGUUCAAAGCCAGCCGCCACGCCAGAGAACAGCUCUUAUUCAGAGCCUAACACCCCUGUGUCCUCAAGCCAUUUUACAGCUGGCCCCAGCAGACCAUUAAGUUACAAAAACAUCCUCGAAAGCAUGCUGAAAGAAAAGGAGGAACAGCAGAGAGUGAAAGAGAUUGAUCUCCAGUUCCAGAAUGACAUUGGAGAGGGCAAGGCGAUGUGGAAACUGAGUGAGGAGCUGGAAGAGGGCAGUGCUGAUGAAGAGGAACUCAUUCCUGAAGAACACCGGGCUUUUGUGGAGAAGUUUUCCAUUAUUUCUGAUGCCAUUCCGGACUUGCACCCGGGAGAGGAAAUCUUCCAAUUGUCAAACUUCGGGAAGCUCUUCACUCAGAAAAGUCUUGGCUUGAGAAACUGCGGAUUGAGCCCUCAGAGUCAUGAGCAGGACACACUUCUGAGUUUCUGCCCCCGAAAGCAAACCUUUAUGUGCAGUCAAGGCUUUCUAAAGAUGGCACUUAAGUGUGCUCCUCGUCAGCCAUCUCUUUACAAGUGGUUGUUUCAGAUGAUGUCUGUCCAUUCAGAUUUUCUGACUUCUACACUCCUCCUUAAAGGGCUAAGAGACCUUGCAUUGAAUGCUGCUGAUGAGAUGGUGCUAAACAAAAAAAGCCCAGUCCGAGUCUGGCUGCCGCCGCUGGAAGACGUGGUGCUCGUGUUUCUUAAUAUGGGCGUCCCCUUCGGCAGCCUGUUCCCCCUGGAGAAUCUCCAGCCACACUUCUCUGAAGAGGACAUUGUGCAAAGGGUAGAUGCCGUGGCAGAGGAUGCUCUAGAGCGUCGUGAAUAUGGUUCUGUGAGUUUCCCAUUGCAGAACUUUGUCAGUGUACUUCAGUAUCUGGCGUUGUGCACCUCCCUGUGCCCCAGGGACUACAGUGACCGGGACAAGCUGCUGCUGCUGUCCCUGCUGUGCAGAGUCAGCCUGGAGAAGGGGCUGCGCCUGCACCCCAUGGUGGAAAUCCAGACCAUCAUACACAACCUGCUUAAGAGCAUCACGGACUGGGACACGCAGAGGCCUCUAGUUUGUCAAACCUUGAUCAGCCUAGCAGCUCAUCACCAUAACCUGCGAUGGCUGGUUUCGUUACUGCCUGUCUGCUCCCGUGACAGACAACUCAGGAGACAUGUGAGCCUGGCUCUCAUCUCCAAACUCUUGAACGGGAGCUGCACUUACAAGAUAGAAAACGCUGAUCUUCAGCUAUCCGAGCUGCGUCCCUACUUGAUUAGAAUGAAGCCCUCCUCUGUGUUAAAAAAUCUGAAAGCUGGAAUGAAGCUGGGGACUCGGCUGGGAGAGGGUCAGCCAUCAGAAAUGAGUCUGGAUCAGGAGGCAUACUACCUUGCACAUAGCCUGUUGGCAUUAGCCAGUGAAGUGGUUAACUUAGAUUCUGUUCCUGCCAGUCAAAGAAAACACCUAGUGCUACUGUCUGCCGAACUGGAAAAGCAUGUGAAAUGUGAUAUCAGGGAGAGCGAUAAGCUUGUUUACCGCAGCAAGGUCAAGGAUUUGGUUGCACGGAUUUAUAUAAAAUGGCAGGAACUCCUUCAGAGAUCCAGACCUCUGCAGGGUAAGCUGCAUGACUACUGGGAGCCUUCAGCAGAGGACGCCAGCAUAGCCAGCCAAGAACUGGAACUGGAACCUGACGGGGAGGCCAACAAAGAAUCUGUUGUCUUAAUAGCUGAAGAAUGUGAGGCUAGUGGAGAAGAGAUGCAGUGAUUCACUGAUCAGUUUUAAACAUUUAGCCUGUUCUCCACUUGCCUAACACAUUUUAGUACACCAGCAAUAUUAAAUAAAACAGUCUGCUGACUGAAAUUCUCGCAGUCAAUAUCAAAACACUUCUCCCCUCUGACGUUCCCGCUGAUAAACGGACCGAAGAAAUCUGGUACCUUUAGUCUAGAUUUAUACUUUACAACAAAAAAAGCCAAAUUAAUUGUUUGGUAUUUCGGUAAUAACUCUUAGCUACCCAGUGAUCAGUAUAUUUGACAUUGAGAGAAUAGACAUUAAACAGUUAUGGGAACACACCCAGAGCUGCGUUGUUUCCAGGCUGACAGGUUUGCCUGGGCGAUCUCAACACUACAAGGUGGGGAGAGCUGACGAGAGAAUGAAGUGCAAUUGUUACUUUAGCUUCUGGCGAAGCUGCUAAAAAAAUGCAUUGUUUUUUUUUAUGUAGGGGAAAGAUCAUUCGCUAAAGAAAUAAUUCUGCUGCUCAUGUUACAUAUUUUUGUUACUGUAUAUACUUUAUAAAGAAAGCAGUUGCACUUGGCAGUAGCCGUUCUGUUUCAACCCUGUCCACAUUGGGUAUGUUUACAUGCAGGCUGUUCAGAGUAAAGAAUUCAGAAUCGGAGUGCAACGAUACCUGGACCUUCAGAGUAAUUCCCUUUCAGAAGUGUUAAAUAUAUCCUGUUCGUUAGUGUGCUGAUUUCAAAACAUGAAAACAAUGACCUGCCAUCAUUUAAAAGCCAAUUGGAAGUGAACUGCCCUCUCGUCCCGGGCCCUGAUCUAUUUACUGCCAUACCAAGUCUGUAAACUGACCGUGAAAAUAUGAUGCAAAACCAGUGGAUGCGCCAGAUUGGUCACCUAAAAGUGAGCUUUCCUUACUGAAGAGCGAGCUGAAGAGGUGGAAGCUGGGAUACGUUUGUCUGAGUUUCAUCCAAGAGUUCAAUCCCACUGUUCACUGCAGAGGUGACGUGACUCUGAGCAAAGUGAAGUAAAAGUGAUUUCAUAUGAAAGGAAGGCAAGACAAAUCGCUGAAAUUGUGUUGAGUUGAGUAAUGAACAUGUUUUAUUCCAUGUAAUUAAUACCCAACACCUUGCGAUUUCUUCAAGGUGAUUACUUGGAGAAUGUAAGGAUCGGCGCAGCCCUGCCUCAGUAUUGUGUGUUCAGGGACAGCUCUGAAUUCUGAAAGCCUUAUCCUGUAAAUCAUUAUCAGCUUCUUCCUAGUGUUCUGUAUCUCUGGGAUUAAAAGUGAAACCCAGAACCAAGUACUGAUUUCCUGAUCAAUUUGCACUGAAUGCCAGGCUAGCACUUGUAAAAAAAAAAAAAAAAAAAAAAAAAGCACAAAAUCCUGGAAGGCUUUUCCCCGUGCAAUUGCUGGUGCUCUCCCCUCUCUCCAUACAGAGGACCCUCACUGUGCUCUGUAGUGGUUCUCCCGAUCACUUCAUAUUACAGUCGAGUGGAGCUGACUUCUAGCCUGCACCAAAUAAAGGUCUGUUUGGAAUGCUCAGGAUGCAUCACCUUCAUUGAAGGAAAAUUCAGUCCAGUGUAUUCUGAUAAUAGUUAGGAACUGCAUGGAAAAGUUUGCUGUUUUCUGCACUCCCAUUUCCCCGCCCCCAAGUCAUUUGAAUGUAUGUUUUUGUAUUAAAUUAGGUUUGAAGUUGUUGUUCAUUGUCUUUUGGUUUCUGCACUUAAAUAUAUAUUUUCUAUAUUUAAA